AUGACACGACAAACAAAUCCGACUGGUCCAGCAGUGUCUGUAGCAGAUGCACCUCGUGAAGCUACUCAAAGUCCAUUCCAACAAACCAAAACCAAUGAAUUCAUUCCUCUACCAAGGUUCAUCGUCGAGGAUCAUCCUGAAGCUUACAAUAAUCGAUAUGCAAUGGAAAGUGAGUCUGAAAAUGAAAAUGAUAAUGAAGAUGAGGAGAAUCAGACUUACACUACCUAUCCAGCUGGAGAGACUUUGUUAAACACAUCACCACAACAAACUAAUAAUACAGUUACUUCGCCUAUUGUCAUUGGGAUACAAAAAAACGGUUACUACGACGACGGAGAUCCAGGUUGGAAUUGUAAGUUUUGUCAAGCAUAUAUGUGGUAUGGUGAAAGAAUUGGAAAACGCCGGCUUAGUGCCAAUCCUGUCUUCACAAUGUGUUGUAAACGUGGUAAAGUUGUACUUCCUCGUCUCGCGAAUCCUCCAAUGGAGUUAAUGACUUUGUUAUGCAAAGGAGACGAGUUAAGCAAACAUUAUCGAGAGUUCAUACGAGCUUACAAUAUGAUGUUCUCUUUCACAUCUCUUGGGGGGAAGAUAGAUCAUUCUAUUAACAAUGGUCGUGGACCAUUUGUUUUCCGAAUGUCCGGUGAGAACUAUCAUCGUAUUGGUGAUAAAGUUCCCGAGCCUGGACAAGCUCCAAAAUUUUCCCAGCUCUAUAUCAUUGACACUUUAAAUGAGAUCAAAAAUAGACUUGACGCUUAUGCCGGGUCUGACAGAGCUGCUGCUAAGAAACUAAGAGAACCACUUGUUCUUCUUCUGAAGAAUAUGUUAGAUCAGUGUAACCCUCAUGUCAAGGCUUUUAGGUCUGCAAGAGACAGAUUCGACGUGGAAGGAUCAACAGGUUAUAGGAUGAGAUUGAUUGAAAGUCGACAAUCUGAUGGACGGACCCAUAAUCUGCCGACUGCAAAUGAAGUGGCUGCUUUGAUACCUGGAGAUUUUGUUUUAAAUUUGGAGACACGAGAUAUUGUUCUAGAGAGUACAAGUGGAAUGUUGCAAAGGAUAAGUGAAUUACAUCCGGCGUAUUUGCCUCUGCAAUAUCCACUAUUGUUUCCAUAUGGAGAGGAUGGCUUUCGAUUAAAUAUUCCUAUUGGUUUUGAAGACAGCACUGCGAGAAAACGCAAGAAUAAUCGAGUAGACCGUUACUUGUGGCUGAAUCAGAAAAAGCUCCGGUCAAGUAGUUACGCUGUAAUCCAGAAAGCAGCUACAAGAGCUGGAGCUAAGAUGGCGGAACAAGGGAGUCAAAUUUUCAUUCCUGCAACUUUCACCGGGGGAAAAAGGUAUAUGAAGCAGCACUACUAUGAUGCCAUGGCUCUGUGCAAAUACCAUGGAUUUCCCGAUAUUUUCAUCACUUUUACGUGCAAUCCAAAAUGGCCUGAAGUUACAAGGUAUCUGAAAAAAUAUAACCUGACCACCGAAGACAGGCCAGAAAUAUUGUGUAGAGUUUUCAAGAUGAAACUCGAUAAUCUUAUCGGCGAGUUGACUAAAAAGAACAGCUCCUUAUUUGGACCUGUUGCUGCAGUAAUGUACACGAUUGAGUUUCAAAAAAGAGGAAUGCCACACGCUCAUAUUCUUGUCUUCAUGGAAAAAGGAUCAAAAUUUCCAACAGCCGAUGAUAUAGAUAAGAUUAUUUCCGCUGAAAUACCAGACAAGACAGUAGAUCCAGACCUGUAUGUGAUCGUUGGGGAUUGUAUGAUGCAUGGUCCUUGCGGUGCAGCAAAGAAAGAUAAUGUAUGUAUGGUUAACGGUAAAUGUUCUAAGAUGCUUCCGAAACCUCUCAACAUCAGGACAUCGAAUGACGCAAAUGGAUUUCCAGCUUACAUGCGUCGGAUUGAUGGUAGGUUCAUUGAGAAAAAUGGAAUCAGAUUAGACAAUCGAUUUGUUGUACCAUACAACAGAGACCUCAUGCUUCGAUAUCGCGCGCAUAUGAAUGUAGAGUGGUACGAGAGAAUGGGUACCACGGAAACGAGGCUUUGCGAUAGGGAGGAUUGCGCAUAUUCAGCCAUCAGAGGACCGACAUCAUACGAGGAUAUAAGAACAGUUGAUGGUGUUUUAUAUCCUACAUACGAAGAUGCUUGCUAUGCGUUGGGAUUGAUGGAUGAUGACAAGGAAUUCAUAGAAGCUAUCAAAGAUGCCAGUGACUGUAGUUCUGGCACCCUCAUGUUGUGUGGGAAGCUACUUGGUACUAUCUUACCGACGAUAUUCUUUACAAGAAGCGGCGAGAAACUGGACGACCUGGUGAGUUUUGUCUAA